GCCCAGUUGUUGAAGUGUCAGUCGCCCCGCAAAAGAAAAUACAAGCAGUUUUUUCAACAUCGAAUGGGAAGGAGUGUGUAUAUCUAUUGUUUGUUUAUUUAAUUUUGAUGUAAAACUUACCCCGUUAACGGAUUAAGAAACAAUGGGCGAUCGCGAUAAAACAAUGUACGGUUCGACGCUGUCGCUCGAAUCGAUGAAGGUAAUAGCGGAAAGCAUCGGCGUCGGUAGCCUGCCGGAUGACGCGGCCAAAGAGCUGGCGGACGAUGUUUCCUUCAAGCUGAAGCAGAUCGUACAGGAUGCCGUCAAGUUUAUGCAUCACUCGAAGCGCAUGAAGCUAUCCAUCGCCGACGUGGACCAUUCACUGAAGGUGCGUAAUAUCGAACCGCAGUACGGGUUCGUGGCCCGGGACUUUAUUCCCUUCCGGUUUGCGUCCGGCGGUGGACGGGAGCUACAUUUCAUCGAGGAGAAGGAAGUCGACCUGACCGAGGUGGUACAGGGUCAACCGCCAAAGAUUCCGCUCGAACCAUCGCUACGUACGCAUUGGUUGGCGGUGGAAGGUGUACAACCGACGGUGCCCGAGAAUCCACCGCCACUGUCGAAGGAUGUGCAGGCUCUGGAUUCCGUCAAUCCUGCCCAUAAGUUGGACAAAACGAAUCAAAAGGACACAACGGGCAAACCGACGAUCAACAAGCAUAAGCUGAAGAACUCGGAAACGGUACAAGUGAAACAGUUGGCACAGCACGAACUUUCGGUGGAACAGCAGCUGUACUACAAGGAAAUUACGGAGGCAUGUGUCGGGUCAGAUGAGGCGAGACGAGCAGAAGCACUCACGUCCUUGUCCAGCGAUCCGGGUCUUCACGAAAUGCUCCCGAGAAUGUGUACCUUCAUCGCAGAGGGUGUGAAGGUGAACGUGGUCCAAAACAAUCUGGCCCUGUUGAUCUAUCUCAUGCGAAUGGUUCGCGCCCUGCUGGACAAUCCUGCGCUCUAUCUGGAGAAAUACCUCCACGAACUGAUUCCCUGCGUAUCGACGUGCAUCGUGUCCCGGCAGCUAUGUAUGCGUCCCGAGCUGGACAAUCACUGGGCAUUGCGUGACUUUGCCGCCCGCCUGAUGGCACAGAUCUGUAAAACGUUCAACACAUCCACGAACAAUCUGCAAACGCGUGUAACACGGUUGUUCAGUGCCGCACUGCAGAACGACAAAACACCACUGUCGUCGAUGUACGGCGCCCUGCAAGGAUUGUCCGAGCUGGGUACGGAGGUGACGAAGGUUUUCAUCAUACCACGGCUCAAGUUCAUCUCCGAGCGCGUUGAACCACUGCUGCAAGGAAUCACUAGCAACAUAAGCAACACGGACAAGAUUGCCGCCGGCCACAUACGGGCAAUGCUGCUGAAGGGUGUUCCCCCGAUACUGAAAACCCUUCGCAAUCCACCCGAUCUGGUGGAAGAGUACAAGCGGGACUACGGAUGCUUGGGACAAACGUUGCACCAGGCAGUCGUUAAAGCACGCUCAGCCUCUCCAUCGUCCGCGGCGCCCGGGUCGGGUGGUCCGCCAUCCGCCUCAACGACCACCCCCUCAGCUACCACCUCCAUUACGGUCAGCACAAGCAGCAACAGUAGCAACACCGUCGUCCUCACGUCGGCACCUUCCUCCCGUCCCCAAACACCACAGUCCUCCGUAGCGAAAACGAUAGCAGCGACAGCUUCCAUCCAGCGACCACCGGGAACCGUACCGGGCACUGUGCAACAGCAGCAAAAGUUUGUGAUAGUCCCGCAACGGGCCCAAACACCUUCCCCAUCGCAAGACGAUUUUGUAGGUCCCAUCAUCCAGCGGCAGAGCAGCGUAACCGCCGGUUCCAUGGCAACGCCCAACACCACCGUACAGCUGCAAUCGAACCUGAUCAAGCUGGAACCGGGAACGUUGACCGGCGUGCAAGCGGGUGGUACCGCCGGUGGUACAGCAAUCGGCCAGAAGGUGGUCAUUAUAAAUCAAUCCCAAGCUGGGCCAGCUGCCAACAUCAUUACCAAACCGACUGCGUUCAUUUCCACCGGUACGGGUGGUGGAAAUGGUGGGCCGGAGCUACAGGACGACAUCAUACAGGUUCCGCCCGAGCUCGACGAUCUUUCGCAUUUAGAAUAGGAUAGUGUUUUGUCUCUUUGGGUCUUGCAAAAAAAAAACCCUUCUUAACCAUAAUAAAAUUAGGAUUGCACUAAUGUAUAUGUAUACAUAUAUUUAGCAUAUUUCAACUAGCGUACAUAUAUAGUUGGAUUUCUAUUUUCUGGGCUAAACUGGACGUGUUUUUUCCUUGCUCUCUCUCUCUUCAUAAAACAGGUUAACUUGUUCCAUUUUCCGUUGUGGUAUGUUGUGUGUAUUUGGUGUGUGUACUUUAAGGUUUUGUCUUUUUGUUUCGGUCAUUUCGGUGUAAGCUGAUGUAAGGUAAUUGUUGAUGUGUACGCAAUUCCCGUCUGAUGGUCCCUCUGGCGCCGAUUUAUAAUAAAUAUAGGAAUAGAUUAUGAUA